GUUCUGAGCCCAUGCUCGAAGUCCUGUUGAACCGGAUUGAACCGCCGUCGACAGUGAAACCGCGGGGUUUUCGCUCUUGGUAUAAACCCUAAACCCCUCAGAACAAUCCGAGGUGAAAUACGAACGACACAGAAUCCCUGAGCAAGAAUUUGAAAGUCGACAUGGGGUCUUCAAAGCGUGGGAAGAAAGCUCGAAGUAGGGGCAGCGACAGCGAAUCGGAAGAUGAAUUUGAAUCAGCGGAUGAGAAGCUGAUGGUCGAGAGCGGAGAUGCCAGCGAUGAUUUUGAAGACUCUGAUGUCAAUGACGACGAUGACAAUGACGAUGGGGAUGAGGACCGAGUGGACAAAGGAGAAGAAGAGGACGACGACGAUGACGAGGAUGGCAGUGGUGGGGCAGAUGGCGAGAUGGAAAAACUCGAGAAGGAAUAUAUGGAGCUUAGGAACCAGGAGCAGGACAUAUUAAAGAACCUGAAGCGGCAUAAAGAUGGCGAUCUUCAGAAAGGAGAAGCAGUAAAGAAUCAAAAGACACUGUGGAACAAAGCCCUGGAGUUGAGAUUCUUACUUCAAAAAUCAUUCUCUAGUUCAAAUCGACUACCGCAGGAGCUUGUGAGGUCUUCAUUUUGCAAUUCCAAUGAAGCAGUCAAUAAAGCAUACCUCGAUGUGAUAGACACAACCAAGGAAACGUUAGAUUCAAUAUUGGAGCUACAGGAGGCUUUGCUUGAGAAGAAUCCAUCGAUAGCUCAAGCUGCAGAAGGCAAUUCUACACAACCCAAUAAAAAGCGGUCAAAUGAUCCUAAGAGCAGCAAUUCUGAAGUUGAUGAAGAAUGGCAGAAAAUCUCACAAUUGCAUAAAAGGAUCGCGCCUUUUAGAGAUAAAUCCGUGGACAAAUGGCAGAGGAAAACACAGGUGACAACUGGUGUUGCAGCAAUGAAGAACAAAUUGCAUGCUUUUAAUCAGAAUAUUAGUGAGCAAGUAUCUAAUUAUAUGAGGGAUCCAAGUAGAAUGCUAAAGCAGAUGCAACAGAGAAGAUCAACCAUAGGCCUAUUUGGAGCAGUUCCAGUUGAUGUGGACAAUACCAAUGGAGAGGGAGGAAAUGUCGAUGGAGACCCUGAACUUUUAGAUGACUCAGAAUUUUAUCAGCAGUCAUUGAAGGAGUUUUUUGAGACCAUUGACAUUGCAUCGCCUGAGGCAGCUUUUUACGCGGUAAAAAGAUCACAAAAUAAGAAGAGGAAAAUUGUUGAUCGGCGUGCCUCGAAGAGUCGGAAGAUAAGGUACAAUGUUCAUGAGAAGAUUGUCAACUUCAUGGCUCCCCAGCCAAUGGACAUACCUCCUAUGGCACCUAAGCUAUUCGAGAAUUUGUUCGGCUUGAAGACGUCAAGGCCUGCUUCUGUAGCCUAGCAUCCGUUUAUGCAGCCUUUUUUGAUAUAUAUCGUCACAAUCUUGACAAGAAAUUUCUUAGAAAUUCAUAUAUUCGGUCGUUGUUGGAGCAGUGUGUGAAAUUUGUACCGACAAUACAUUGAAACUUUAAAUGGAAAUUUUGGCGAUCAUUUUCUUUCAUUAAGA